ACACUUACCGCUGUUAUGCCGGAGCCCACCAAGUCCGCGCCCGCGCCCAAGAAGGGCUCCAAGAAGGCGGUGACCAAGGCGCAGAAGAAGGACGGCAAGAAGCGCAAGCGCAGCCGCAAGGAGAGCUACUCGGUGUACGUGUACAAGGUGCUGAAGCAGGUGCACCCCGACACGGGCAUCUCGUCCAAGGCCAUGGGCAUCAUGAACUCGUUCGUCACCGACAUCUUCGAGCGCAUCGCGGGCGAGGCGUCCCGCCUGGCGCACUACAACAAGCGCUCGACCAUCACGUCGCGGGAGAUCCAGACGGCCGUCACCAAGUACACCAGCGCUAAGUCAAAUCAAAUAGCAAAGAAAAUGAACGAGCUGCUUCACAACCCAAGUUAAUGAAGACACACCAUA